AGGAGAUUAGUAAAACAAUGCAAAGUAAAGUUUAUUAUACGAGUACAACUGAUUCGUCUACGGCUGAAGAGCUGAUACCAGCGACAACAAUAAAAGCAAUGGAAUAUAAGGAAGUAGCGCACGCGCUAAUACACAUAAAUAAUACUCUUCAGAAUGGAACUCACUUAAUUGAUAAUAUAGUAGAACAUGCAACAGUUUCGCUAGUAGAAGAUGGAAAGGCAAGAGAUGACUUAAACAAAAGCCAAGAAAUGAAAAAUUACACAACAAAGCGUGAAGGAUUGAAUGAAAUUACUAAAAUGCCUCCGACUACAGCAGCGAGCUUUGUAGAUAAAGAAAUCUUAACUAUAACAACAACAAGCCGAAGUGCUGCGACGGAAAAAAUUACAACAAAUACACUUGUAGUUCAAUCGGAUGUAGUAAAAAAUGAAAAAACGCUCCUCAAAACAGCAACAACCAAAGGCGAUUUAAUAAAAUUCACCACACCACUUCCAAUAAUAAACAUAUCAACGCAUAAGACUACAAUGGAUGAAACCACAACUGAAGCCAUGAAACAUAUUGAAAUAUCUUCUGCACGAAAUAUAAAUUGUGCGCUUCAACCUUGUAUUGAUAACGCCACUUGCAUGUUGGCAGAUCUUUGCGAAUGUGCGCCAGGCUACACUUGGUAUGAACCGAUAAGUGGAAGCGGCGAUCAAAUGCAGCCAAUGUGUGCUGCUAUCGUUGAGCAUGGAAGUAAUGAUGUGCGUGCAACACUGGGUAAAGCAACAGAUGAAAUCAUAGCUGACGAAGAAGCAUAUCCGGCCGAAGGUAGCAUUAUAAAUGUAACGGAUAAAAUAAAACGACUGGAAACUAUUCGUGCAAUAAAUAAAUUUAUUAAAAAACAAUAUAAAAAAGAUGUUAUAACGAACGAUCACGAGGAUUCCAAACUCAUAUACAGUAUCAUAGGUGGUUGUGCUAUUUUCGUUGCACUGAUUAUAUUGCUGACAUAUUUUUGGAGAAAGCACAUAUGAAGUUACGAAGCAUGGAGUAUUCAGCACUACACACGUCUUGACAUUGUCAUAUAUAAAGUGGGAAACGGGGUAGAAUUUCAUAGAAAUG